CCGAAGAGGAGGUUGUUAUGAACUGAACCAAUAAAUAAGGAGUAUUUGAACCCCCCCUCCCAUCUGACCGGAUCAUCCCAACAGGAUAUCUGCUUCAACUUCUCGUUUGUGCAGCAACGGUUAAAAUUUCCUGUUUUCAAGAGGAGUGACCUCCGAAUUGCACAAUCAUCAAAAUCUCAGAGCAGUGACUCAGUAGCUUUGCAGAUUGCUGGCUGGAUGACUUUAUGUGCAGGUGGUCUGUUCUUCACAUAGAGGACCCCCCCUCCGUGCGCUGUUGUUCCUUUAAAAGGUUGAACUCCUGCUCGGCGUCUCCUCUGCGCUCAGCUGUGCGCGCGCUCUUCUCCCAGCUGUGACAUGGCAAACGGGCUGCGUGCGCUCUCAGCGGUGUCAUCCUAAAAACAUGGAGGCUCUCCGGGACGCAGCCUGUGCGGCUCGGGGCUCGAUGAUGAUGAUGAUGCUGGUUUGGAUCCUCCUGAACGCGGCGGCAGGACUCAGCGCGGAGGAGCGCGGAAUGGUGGAAGAACUUGGAACGGAGAAGGAGGCGGAGGAAAGUCACCGACAGGACAGCGUCAAUCUGCUGACAUUCAUUUCGCUGCUGACUCUCACCAUUCUCACCAUUUGGCUCUUCAAGCACAGGCGGGUUCGCUUCCUUCACGAAACCGGGCUGGCAAUGAUUUACGGUUUGCUGGUCGGUGUGAUCCUACGUUAUGGCAUUCCAGCCGCCAGCUACCACAACAAGACACCCCCGAGCUGCUCGCUGAAGGAAGGACCUUCCAGCACCCUGCUGCUUAAUGUAAGCGGCAAGUUCUUUGAGUACACCCUGAAAGGCGAGAUCAACUUCAAAGAGAUCCACAACGUGGAGCAGAAUGAUAUGCUGCGUAAGGUGACCUUCGAUCCGGAGGUUUUCUUUAACAUAUUGCUGCCGCCGAUUAUUUUCCAUGCUGGGUACAGCUUGAAAAAGAGACACUUCUUCAGGAAUCUGGGCUCCAUCAUUACCUACGCCUUUCUCGGCACAGCAAUUUCAUGCUUCUUUAUUGGGAAUCUGAUGUAUGGCGUGGUGAAGCUUAUGAGGGCGGUUGGACAGCUGACGGAUAAGUUCUACUAUACUGACUGCCUUUUCUUUGGGGCCAUCAUCUCAGCCACUGACCCAGUGACUGUUUUGGCCAUCUUUAACGAGCUCCAUGCUGAUGGGGAUCUCUACGCUCUGCUCUUUGGAGAAAGUGUCAUGAAUGAUGCUGUGGCCAUUGUGCUGUCCUCCUCCAUCAUGGCGUACCAACCUGCAGGCGCAAACACACACAUGUUUGAUGCCUCUGCCUUCUUUAAAUCUGUGGGAAUUUUCCUGGGGAUUUUCAGCGGCUCCUUUGUGAUGGGUGCUGCCACAGGCGUCGUCACAGCUCUCGUCACCAAGUUCACAAAGUUGCACUGUUUUCCUUUGCUGGAGACGGCCCUCUUCUUCCUCAUGUCUUGGAGCACCUUCCUGUUAGCUGAGGCCUGUGGAUUCACUGGUGUUGUGGCUGUGCUUUUCUGUGGCAUCACGCAGGCUCACUACACGUACAACAACCUUUCUGAAGAGUCCACGAAGCGCACCAAGCAGCUUUUUGAGGUCCUUCACUUCCUGGCUGAGAAUUUCAUUUUCUCCUACAUGGGUUUGGCACUGUUCACCUUCCAGAAGCAUGUUUUCAGUCCCAUCUUUAUCGCUGGAGCUUUUAUGGCCAUUUUUCUUGGCAGAGCGCUCAACAUUUACCCGCUGUCCUUCCUCCUCAACCUUGGUAGAAGGGACAAGAUCAGAGGAAACUUCCAGCACAUGAUGAUGUUUGCAGGUUUACGUGGGGCUAUGGCGUUCGCCUUGGCUAUCCGGGACACGGCCACCUACGCUCGGCAGAUGAUGUUUACCACAACGCUACUUAUUGUCUUCUUCACAGUCUGGGUAUUCGGAGGGGGAACCACACCUAUGCUUUCCUGGCUGCAUAUCAGAUUUUGGAACGGCAAAAGAUUUGAGGACGAGCACUGUCUGCACGGAGAGUGGGAGUAUUCCAGAGUCGGUGUGGAUCCAGAUCAAGACGUCCAGCCCUCUGGAGAUAGCUUCCAAGUCCUCCAGGGGGAUGGCCCCCAGGAAGACGGCCAAAGCAAAACCAAACAGGAGAGUGCUUGGCUCUUCAGGCUCUGGUAUACGUUCGAUCACAAUUACCUUAAGCCCAUUUUGACACACAGCGGCCCACCUCUUACCUCCACUCUGCCCAGCUACUGUGGGCCACUGGCCAGCUGCCUGACCAGUCCUCGUGCAUAUGAAAACCAGGAGCAGCUAAGGGACCCCGACAAUGACUUCGUCCACAACGACGCAGAUCUGACCUUCACGUUUGGGGACACGUCCAUCACAGCCAACGGGGCGUCCGCCAGCAGGACGGAUGCCGCCGGGGGGCCGGGCUGGAGUGCCAAUGGAAAAAGGAGCGGCAGCACGUCAGAGGAGGCCCUGGAGCGAGAGCUGGACUCCCGCGAGCAGGAGCUGCUGAGCCGAGGCACGCGCCUGGUUUUCCCCAUGGAGGAGCAUGUCUGACCCUCCUCGCCUGCCUUCCCUCCCACUCGCCCUGCCUGAACUUCCACCCUCUCUAGUCGAAAGAGAAUCCUGCCAUCAGCUGUCUCCACUCCGGUGCAGGCAGAUUGCUCAUCCCUUCAGAGAUAAGAUGGAUCAAAGAUAUGGGAGCUGACAGGAAGGAAGGGUUCAUCAUGACCUGUAGCUUCCUCAAAGCCGGGGAGCAGAGCUCCAGGAGCAUUUCAUCCUCAUUAGAUAAGGAGUUUAUUCCAAAGAAGACACAAUACUCCUGUGGGGGUAGAAGGGGGGAAUCUUUAGGCUUCUUCAGACUCAUUUUUUUGCAGAAAAGGACAAAAAGUUUUCUCGCCGGGAAAGGAAAUGAUGUAAAACCACGCAAAACAAUCUGUAUGUUCAAACAGAUAACAGUUAGUGGUUGAGCAGAGGGGGAAGACAUGUCUGAUCACGUUAGGAGACAUAUCACCCGUCAGCAUUGCCAAACCACCAAAAGUGACUUUGACAAAAAUUUCUGGAGGUAAAUGUCUACCUGAACACGUUCCAACUCUGCAUAGUUUAAGAAUACAAGCAUGUAAAUAACAGCAGUGGUGGAGUUUGUUUCCUUUUGGUUGAACUGUUCAUAAAGCCCAAUAACACAUGGUUAUAGACAGUAGGUGAAUAUCUUCUCUUCCCGUCCACCUGGAUCAUGUUCUGUGUUCAACUGUAUCUCAUGACACAAGAAGGAACAUCUGACAUCUUAAAAUUGCAUUAGCGAAUUAAAAAGGGCAUGAGGAUUUGCACUUUAACUUAAACGCCAGCUUAGAUGGUGAAGUAAAGAGCUGGCUAGUGUAGCAUUUCAUUCCAGCAUUGUCUGUUGAUCAUUUGAAUUUUCAAAGCAACUAUUAAUCCUAAAAUAUGCAGGACAAAGUAUGCAAUCUUUAUAUAGUGGAUAUGUUGAUGUUCUAAGAUAAAAUCAAGUCAUUAACUUUAGUAGAUUAGCUUGUUUUUUUUUUGUUGGGUUUUUUUUUUUACUUUAAGACCAAAAAUCUGUUGUUAAAUUACAAAAAUUCUCAAAUCAAACUUUUCUUUUUUAAGAAUAUUUUAGCCUAAAAUCCAGGAGCAGGGAAGACUUAGCAUGGUUAGCUUAUAUUGCAUCUGUAAAACUCAAUAAUUAACUUCUGAUUAGUUUGUUUCAGAUGUAAGGAAAAUCAUAAAGUAAGGAAGGCUUUUCAGAAAAGUUGUGAAGAUUUGACAAAACGUAAAAUUGUUUUGGAGAAAAACAAAAGGAAAAUUUAGUGCUGGUUUAACUUGGUUUACAUCAUCUCUUAAAAUGAAUAUAUAUCAUAAAUAUGACACAUAAACAGCUUAAACUAAAACAGAACACUUAUUUAUAAAGACUUUAAAUUAUACAACUUUUAGUUUGGGCAUAUUCCUCAUUUUUAUUUUCUUAAAUAAAAAAAUACAAGGGAUUUUUUUCCCACGCUGUACACACAUUAAUAAAAGGAAAAAAUGGAGGGAGAUAAUGGAAGGAUAAACCCUCUUGUGUAUAUAUAUUGUUUACAAAUCCUGACAUUUUAAAUUGCUAAGUUACAGACAGUGAAUUUAGAAUUAAUAUUUUUAUGAUAUUGGAGACUUUCCAGAGAGAUGUUGCUUUAAAUGGAAACAAAUAUUCUUUCAUGGCCAGUGUUUUACAAUGAAAUAAGCUUAUUUCUCAAAUGAAUGACAGUAUAAUUCAAAAUUAGAUUACAUUUAAAUUAAGCACAAUGGCUCUCUCUCAUCAGCCAGGAUUUAAAUCAUUGGUCUAAUUUAAUCUUAAUUUGCAGUGAAUAGAUUUUAUUGCUCAGUUCAGUUUCCCGCUGUUAUUAUUUUAUCUCAUUUAUACUCUUCUAAACAAUAUUACUACUAUAUCUGUUGUGCUUUAGUGAUCAAAGGCUUCCUCUUAUGCAUAUUUACUACCAGCAAGAGAAAAAGAAAAAAUGUUGCAUAUUUUUCGUCUGAAGAUUUGAUUGAGUUUCAAACUCAAAAUUGCCCUGGGAAAAAAGAAAAUGUGACCAAUAGUUUGUGUUUAUGCACUCUUGGCACUUUACACCCAGCAUUGGAGCUGGAGGAAGAUUUCGAGUUUCUACUCCUACCUUCACCCGUGAUAACUGAGCCGCUUCCUGUUUUAUAUUCACAAAGCAGCCCGGUGGAGCCCUUAAAAUCCACCUGACAACACAAAAUAGCUGCUGCUUUUAUGCAUGAAUGCAUGGAGACAGGCGUGAAAGGCAUGACUGUUAGAAGUUGAAUCUGAGGCUUUUUACAGGAGGAGGAAUCUCCAGCAAGUUUUAUGGCUCCCCAGAGACAUCCAGGAGGAAAUGAAUCUAGUAGGGUAAGCUGUUGCCAGGCUGUAUACAGAGCAGGCCAUUUAAACACAGCUGGAAGGAGAAGUGUUAUGAAGCAGAAUAAUUCAGUUCAGUCUGUUCUUUUGCUUCUUUUUUUUUUUUGUGACUGUAAAAGCCUGUAUGUGAAAUUUGUAAUAAUCACCUGUUAAUCAUAAAACACUUCUAAUGCAUACACUGUCUCUGGAAAAAAAUGUGGGGGAAAAUAAUUUACUUCAAAAAAAAUAAAUCUAAAUCCAGAAAAAGAAAUCAGACGACACAGAUUUGGCUUCCUUGUUGAAAAUGUCUUUUUUGUUGUUGUUGAAGAGUCUGUUUUAUUAACAGAACAGGAAGUUACAUCAAAUGACAGAUGUAGUGCUUUCUCCCACAGACAUGGAGGACUCGAUAGACAGACGUCACACAGACGACUAAAACCAUGAAGACCAGCAGAGGACACUCGUUAAACACUCUACCUUUCCAUACCCCCUCAUUUGUUAUCAUUUGUCCUGUGGGUUAGAUUUAAAUUCUAUCUACACCUGAGAAAUACGAGAUGUAGACAAAUUGUCAAUAUGUGCACCUGUUGUAUCCGGUAGCAGCUGGUACCCUGGCUGUGUG